AUGUGGAAAGAUGAAUGGGACCAAACCCUCUUCCAUUGUUCAAAGCGGUUAGUGGUCCUCCUUAAACAACACUGCGAAGGACAUCUCAAAACUCUCACUGGCGAGUUUAACACCCUUUUGAAUAGCUGCAAAAGAGAUCUAACAUCUGACAAUUGUGAUGCUAUCAACACUCGUCUCAAGGACAUAACUACUAUACAAUCCAACAACUUAAGUGAAAGACAAAAACGAAAAUUCCGCAGGGAUGGCAUAGAAUACACCCACCCUUCAUUACCAUCAGAGAGAAAGACUAAACGAAUAAGACGCUUUAAACGUAGACCUCAACAGACUGAUUCACCCUCCAACAUCGUGGUCAAUCUUUCUCAACACCAAUUAACGGAAUCGGAAACAUCUCUUCUCUCUAGAGGACUUAACUUCUGUCCUCUACCUGCUCCUGUCAAUGACACCAAAUUGUCGGAAGACCUUGACAAUUUUGCUAGAGGUCUACGUAUUAAGGAAUAUUUCGCGUCGAAGGAGGAUAACAUAAUAAGCGCGGAUGGGGACUCAGAAAUUUCAGAAGUAGAGAACAACUACAAAUUUAUUAAAAAGUGUUCUUGGAUCCCUAGACCGAGCAAAAAUGCUACCUUGGAAUCUUUUAUUGAUAACUUUAAGUCAUACAUUAUUAAAAAUACUAAAAAUAACAAUAAACCUUUUGACAAUCUUACCAAUGAAGAACGGACUGCACUGAAAAACUUACGAUCUAACAACAAUAUCGUCAUUAAACCUGCAGACAAGGGCAGUGCAGUGGUUGUCAUGGAUAAAACUGCCUAUAUUCAAGAGGCUGAACGACAACUUAGCGAUGCAAGGUUCUACCAAAAACUAGACUCUGAUCCUACUACAUCUUUUAGCAGAGAUAUUACUAAUAGUUUGGAAGAAAUGCAUGACGAUGGUUUCAUCGAUGACAAAACUCUUGAAUAUUUGAAACCAGAAAACCCAAAACCGGACAGAUUCUAUCUAUUACCUAAAAUUCAUAAGGCCAAUAACCCCGGAAGACCUAUAGUUUCAGCGAACGGUCAUCCGACGGAAAAAAUAUCGGAAUUUGUUGACUUCCAUCUUCGUCAACAUGUUGAAGACUUACCAUCUCACAUCAAAGAUACAACCGAUUAUCUUAGAAAAAUGCAGGCCUUAAACCCACUCCCCUCCGACACGACUCUUGUUUCCAUGGAUGUUACCUCCCUCUACACUAAUAUUCCACAUGCAGAUGGCAUCGAUGCAUGCAAAGAAGUUUGGAAUUCCAGACCAGUAAAAUAUCCACCUACUGAAUGCCUGGUCAAAAUGCUCACGCUAGUACUUAAGAAAAACAACUUUACUUUUGAUGGAGAUCAUUAUUUGCAAGUAAAUGGAACUGCCAUGGGCACCAAAAUGGCUCCGUCAUAUGCCAACAUAUUUAUGGGCAAAUUAGAGAAACAACUCCUUGAAACUUCCAUCGAAAAACCGCUUUCCUGGUUUAGAUUUAUAGAUGAUGUGGAUAUGAAAUGGAACAAAAGCGACGAGGAUUUAGACACUUUUAUCACUCAUGCCAACAACAUACAUCCUAGUAUCAAAUUUACUCAUGAGAAGUCUAAAUCCAAAAUCGCCUUCCUCGAUACUUCAAGUUCGCUCACAGAGGGCAUCAUAUCUACAGAUUUAUAUUCUAAGCCUACUGACACUCAUCAAUAUUUGUCCCCUUAA